GAAGAAAAGAAACUAUUUAGCUAUGUAUAUUGUUGUAAAUAUUAUUGUGUUGGCGUUACUGUUUAUAGGAACGGCUUUGUCCUACGAAUUUCCAUUAAACUUUGAUAAUUGCUACAAUUAUAAUAUCCAUAACACCAAUGAAGAUGAGUCAUAUUUGGUAUCGUGGGAUGGUGAGAGUAUCGACUCUUACAGCUGUAAAAUUGGUUUCCAUGGAUACGACAAUGCCAACCCUCUCAAUGAAUACAAAGUCUGCAUUCGAGCAACAACCUGGAACAUUCAAAACACAGAGGUCCGACUAAAAUAUUAUACUGGACUAUCAGAUUUUCUUGUAAAGACAUAUUCAUACUACGCAUAUGAUGUUCCAACCACAGAGUGGUGCUCCAACUCAGGAGAAUACGUAGACAUUGAACUGACUGCACCUGACGUAAAUGAUGGAGAUAAUAAGAUAACGCUAGAAGUCAGAGGUGUCAGGACAUACAAUUUUGCCAGUACUUUGGGUUUUAUUAUCGGAGGUGCUAUAGGAGGCGUACUUCUGAUUACAUUGGUGUGUAUAGUGCUUGUCAUCGUGGCAUUUAGAAGAAGAAGAAAUCCUCCAAUGGCAGGAUAUGUUAAUCAAGGUUAUCCAAAUAUACCAGCACCACCACCAUAUUAUGGUACAACGAAAAAUGUGCAGACUGCGUACGCAGCGCAAGCCUAUCAAGAUCAACCGUCUUAUCAACAGUACCCAGUCCAAAGUUCAUUACAACAGACGACAACGACCUCAAAUUCACAAUCACAACAAUUGGCUUCACAGGAACAGUCAAACCAAUCGACUUGAAUUUUCAGACUAUAUAUUUAAAUAUGUUUUAACUGUGAUCUAAUAUAUGUGCCAUCUACAUCUGUGUCUUUCAAUUAAUAUUUAAUAAAAUGUAUAAAGUGUUA